CUUUCUCACCUUUCACUUGAAACAAUAUAUUAAUGGAGAAAAAUCGGCAAAUACUGCGAAAAUGGCGUACCUCUCUAUUCCUGCAACAGCGGGUAACCCCUCAGCUUCUUUGAAUUUCUUCAAAUAUUCAAACGUACGGUUCUUCCCCAAAUCCCGUCCUGAUCCUCUUCUCUUCACAAACUCAAUAAACAGUAGGAAGAUUUCUAGGAAUGGCGGAAAUCCAAUUCUAUUGCAGUGUACAAAAUUCAGCUCCCCCACGUUGUUCGUAUCAGAAACAGAGAGCGAGUACGAAACAGAGGAGGAGUAUAGUUCCACUGAAGAAUAUGCAGAAGGGGAAGAUGGGACAGCGCCAAGAAUGGUGGGAAAUGGGCAGACGCCGCUGCCGGUGAAGCGGCAGCGCCGGAGGUACAGAAAGCAGUACCCGGGUGAGAAAAAGGGUAUAACUGAGGAGAUGAGGUUUGUGGCAAUGAAACUGAGAAACAGUGGCAAAGUCAAGAGAAAAAAUAAUUCUGCUGUUGAUGGUGAGAGUGAGGAGGAAGAAACGGGAAAUGAGGGUGGGCAAGAGGAUAAUCCUAAGGAUGGCGAGACAUGGCAGCCUAGCAUGGAGGGUUUUUUGAAGUAUCUGGUGGACAGCGAGCUGGUUUUCAGUACAGUUGAACGCAUUGUUGAUGAGUCCAGUGAUGUUUCCUAUGUUUACUUUAGAAAGACAGGAUUAGAAAGGUCAGACUGCAUUUCCAGGGAUUUAAAAUGGUUAAGUGAGCAAGGUAAUGUGAUUCCAGAGCCUAGCAAUCCUGGAAUUACAUACGUGCAAUACCUGGAGGAGCUUGCUGAGAAGACUCCACCGCUGUUUCUCUGCCACUUCUACAAUAUUUAUUUCUCACAUAUUGCCGGUGGGCAGGUCAUAGCUAAACAGGUCUCAAGGAAGCUAUUAGAAGGAAGAGAACUGGAGUUCUACAGAUGGGAGGGAGAUGCAGAAGAGUUGUUGAGAGCGGUCCGUGAGAAGCUUAAUGCACUUGGAGAGCACUGGUCUAGGGAUGAGAAAAACAAAUGCUUAAGAGAAGCAACAAAAGCAUUCCGUUUUCUGGGGCAGAUAGUGCGGUUGAUCAUACUGUAAACUAACAAGUUACGUGGAUAUGCACCUUCCAGAUGGUGAGUGACCAUAAAGUUUUAAAUCUCUUGAGCUCAAAUCAGUGAGACAAAGAAGAUUUGUUUGGGACCUCCCCAGAAAUCGCCAAUCUAACUCAUGGCGGAUUCCAGCCACAAACAAUUGAUAUUGCUCAUCGUCAUUUAGCUAUUGCAUUUUAUUUUUCAUGUUGCUGGUCAUAUAUAUAACUAAUUUAUUUGUUGUUUAGUAUCCAUUCCUUUAUGACAUAUCAUAUUUUGCUACUCUUUUCAGAAACAUGUUGAUAUAAAACUGACACGCUUGCAUACA